AUGGCACGUGCGAACGAAACCGAGGCUCGUAGGGAAGAGCCCACCGGUCCCGGGAGGGUUCUUUCGCGGAAGAGACGAUUCCUGACGUUCCCCGAGGGCAGCUCGUUCCAAGUAGUAUACGAUCAGACGAUUCCCAUGAUCGGCGUGGAGCGGCUGUUUACGAUCGGCAUCACGGUCGCGCUGGCAUACGAGCUGCCAAGCAUCACCCUCAACCAGAUCGAGCAAAUGCUGCAGGAAAAUGCAGCCGACGGUUACAUCUUCCCGAAGGUGGACGCAAACGCCAACGAAACCGUGCUCGUAGACACGACACCAGCACGCAAGAACAUCUUCAGCUACUACUACCAAACGCCCCGUCCAUCCCGUCCGUCGGUUUCCGGUUCCGGUGGUGGAGCUAGUCGAAUCAACUACUACACCGCUCCCGACCGCCGGUAUGACUUGUACGAUCGGUACGGCCAACGACCCACUACCCAGUGGGAUCGGUUCGUCUCGAAUGGACUUCUGAGGCCGCCACCGUACGCCAAUCCGUCUCGGAACGACUUCACCAGCCUCAUCAACAGAUACGUGCAGGGUUGGGUCCGUCGGCAUCCGCCCAACUAUCCGAUGAACAAAAAGCGCUUCUAUCCCGUGUUCGGCAAACGCAGCAUUCGCGAGGACACCGCCCCGUUGGAUCGCCAUUUUCUCAAUCAUCAUCGCGUCACGCGCCACGCACUGUACGAGCGGAUCGAAAAGUUCCUCUCAGCGAAAGGCAAACAUGGCCACCACUGCGUGCUGAGAGCGCUGUGCGAAAGUGGACAACGUCGCAACGACAGCGAACCGGACACAUUCCUCAAAGAGAUCUUGCGAGCCAUCUUCAGCCUUCCAUCCACGCACGAAACCCCAACCCAACACAAGCACCGGCUGUACGACGAGGCCCACGCACACACCGGCAACUGCACGGACACGUACUCGUACUGCGAGGACAGCAUCUGGUCGCCGGAAUUCGUGUUCUAG